AGUUGGACUAUAAAAACGUGCGCAGUAAUAAAGUGUGAUCAGCGUGGGACAUUAACCCAAAACACUUGGUCCAACCCACACCGCGGGAUCCUUUUUAAACACUUUUCCCACACGUUGGAGACAAUGCGUCCGUCUCAAUUACCCUUGUGUUGUACUUUGCUGGUGUUCUUUUUGGCUCCAGUCGCCCUGAGUGACCGCGAGACGCACCCGCAGCCUUCCAGCACCAGCCCGGAAGACUCCGAGCAGUGCUCCACCUGCGACGUCCGCCAGCAAAUCAAAACCAUGCGGCUGAACGCCAUCAAAUCUCAAAUUCUGAGCAAACUGCGAAUGAAAGAGGCUCCAAACAUUAGCCGAGAUGUUGUGAAGCAGCUCCUGCCUAAAGCGCCGCCGCUGCAGCAGCUUCUCGACCAGUACGACGUGCUGGGAGACGACAACAAGGAUGUGGUGAUGGAGGAGGACGACGAGCAUGCAGUCACUGAGACUAUAAUGAUGAUGGCUACUGAACCUGCGACGGUCGUCCAAGUAAAGGGAGAGCCAAAAUGCUGUUUUUUCUCCUUCACCCAAAAGUUCCAAGCCAGCCGCGUGUUCCGGGCUCAGCUGUGGGUCCACCUGCGUCCCGCUGACGAGGCCACCACCGUCUUCCUGCAAAUCUCCAGACUGAUGCCGGUUUCGGACGGCAACAGGCACAUAAGGAUCCGCUCGUUGAAGAUCGACGUGAAUGCUGGAGUUAGCUCUUGGCAAAGUAUAGACGUCAAACAAGUGCUGACCGUGUGGCUGCGUCAGCCGGAGACCAACUGGGGCAUCGAGAUAAACGCUUAUGACAACAGAGGGAAUGAUUUGGCCGUGACAUCCGCUGAGCCAGGAGUAGAAGGACUGCAACCGUUCAUGGAGGUGAAGCUCUCAGAAGGCCCCAAACGUGUGAAGAGAGACUCAGGCCUGGACUGUGAUGAGAACUCUCCAGAGUCCAGAUGCUGCCGUUAUCCGCUCACAGUAGACUUUGAAGACUUCGGCUGGGACUGGAUUAUCGCGCCGAAGCGUUACAAGGCCAAUUACUGCUCAGGGGAGUGUGAGUACAUGCAUCUGCAGAAGUACCCGCACACCCACCUUGUGAACAAAGCGAACCCCAGAGGGAACGCGGGCCCCUGCUGUACCCCCACCAAGAUGUCACCCAUCAACAUGCUCUACUUUAACCGCAAAGAGCAGAUCAUCUACGGCAAGAUCCCCUCCAUGGUGGUGGACCGUUGUGGGUGCUCUUGAGCCGCCACGCAAAGCCUGACGAGGGAGGCAGGAUUUAGGGGCCUUCACCACAGACUUUUUGAUCCAAACGCCAAUUCCAGUACUUUCCUGCAGAACACAGUGCAAUAGAACCACACUAGAGGUCCCAAUAAGCUUUUACAUGUGGCAUACUGUAGCUUCUUUCUCUUCUCCGGUGAAAUGUUAGCCAUACAGGCUUAAUGGAACGUAGAUGCAGAAACACGUGCACGCACACACACACACACACACACACACACACACACACACACACACAAGUGAAUGUAGACAGAAACGAUCAGUUCUUUGACUCAACGGUCUGCGCUUAAAAGUGUUUCUCCCUUUCACCCACCCAAAAGCACUCAACCCUCAACUUAAGGAGUCCAAAUGCUCCUCAAAGCCAAAGAGCUUUCUGGCUCAUUUGUUUUAACCGUCGAGAAGAAAAUCAUGUGUUCAUCGCUCACAUGUAUUGUGGUCGUAAAGUCCUAUUCACAGCGUCAAAGAACUUGAACUGAAGGCACAAGGAAUGCAGUGUUAAAGAUAGGAAUAGAUUGUCAGUGUGUAUGAAUGCGGACGUAAUAAUCUGUACGAUGCAGUUUGCACUAUGGCACACCAAUAGAAAGAAUUGGUUGCUACCAAAAACUUGUUGUAAAAACUGAUUUUGAUAUGUUUGUAAUGUGUACAUAUGCCUUUGUUUCCAUUAGGAGUUGCUUUUCUUAACCACUUUUGUGAAAAUGAAUAAAGUACAGUCUAACAAGACAGCAGACGUGAUGCAGCAACUCUGUAUAACUAUUUCAGCAAAUAAAGUUUAUAGCUUGUUUGA